UUCCACUUUGCGAUAGAACUGGCUGCUUUUUACCGUCAUCUGUUGAUGCGGAGAAACAAACUUUUGAACUCUCUGAGCUCUGGACAUCUGACCCCUGGGUGCUCGCUGGCUGCUGCUUCAAGCUGUUGUGGGGCCGGGGCUGUCAGCACCAUGAGCAGCUUCAGGGCUGCCUUCGUCUUCUGGGCUGUGGUGGCCUGCGCUAAAACAGACCCGCCUCUAGGAGAGAAAGAAGAGACUGGAGUUCAAAGAUGCAAGAAUGCCUUGAAAAUCCCUGUGCUGGAGGUCCUCCCCGGAGGGGGCUGGGAUAAUCUGCGCAACGUGGACAUGGGACGGGUGAUAGAGUUGAACUAUACCGACUGCAGAACCACAGAGGAUGGACAGUACAUCAUCCCCGAUGAAGUUUUCACCAUUCCUCAGAAACAGAGCAACCUGGACUUGAACUCGGAAAUCCUGGAAUCCUGGAUGAACUACAAGAGCAGCAUCUCUUCUUCCAUCAACAUGGAGAUCUCUGUUUUUUCCAAGGUCAAUGGCAAGUUCUCCACUGAAUUCCAGAGGAUGAAGACCCUUCAAGUGAGGGACCAAGCUGCGACGACUCGUGUUCAGGUAAGAAACCUGAUCUACACAGUCAAAAUCGACCCAGCCUCCAAACUCAGCUCAGGAUUUAUGAAGGACCUCAUGGACAUCUCUGACUUUCUAUCGAACAAUCAGACAAGAAUGGCCACCUACCUGGCAGAGCUCCUGGUCCUCAACUAUGGCACCCAUGUCAUCACUAGUCUGGAAGCUGGAGCUAUUCUCAUGCAGGAGGACCAUAUCAAGUCCUCCUUCCUCCAGGACAGUCAGAGCAACCAUAUAGGUGUGACUGCGUCUGCCGGAGUUUCCUUCUUAAACACCGUGAACUUCAAAGCAUCCGUGAACGUCACCUACCAGGAUGACUUGACCAAGAGCUACCUCGCAAACCGAACCAACUCCAGGGUUCAGAGCAUUGGAGGGGUUCCCUUUUACCCAGGCAUCACCCUCCAAACCUGGCAGCAGAGUACCACCAACCACCUGGUGGCAAUAGAUCGUGCUGGCCUGCCCCUGCAUUUCUUCAUCAAGCCGAACACGCUGCCUCAAUUGCCUGGUCCCUUGGUGAGUAAGCUGUCACAAACGGUGGAAACUGCUGUGAGACAGUAUUACAACUUCAACACCUACCCCGGGUGUACUGAUAUCAACUCACCCAACUUCAAUUUUCAUGCCAAUACAGAUGAUGGCUCCUGUGAGGGGAAAAUGACCAACUUCUCCUUUGGUGGGAUUUAUCAAGAAUGCACUCAACUCACAGGGAGCAGGAGUGCUCUCCUUUGCCAAAAGUUGCAGCAGAAGAAUCCACUCACUGGUAAUUUCUCCUGCCCUGCUGGCUACUCUCCAGUCCAUCUGCUGACUCAGGUCUAUGAGGAGGGCUAUAGUCAGUUGGAGUGUGAGGAGAAGUGCUAUUGGGUCAUCUUCUGCAGUACGGUGUGUGAAGAUGUAUUCCAGGUGUCAAAGGUUCAAUUUAGGGUUUUUUGGUGCAUGGUCAAGGACCAAGUACCUGCAAACUCAGGACUUCUUUUUGGGGGCCUCUUCAGCAGUAAGAGCGUGAACCCGAUGACAAAUUCACAGUCCUGCCCAGUUGGCUACAUCCCAGUGAGCCUCUUUGCAAGCCUCAGCGUUUGUGUUUCUCUGGACUAUGAGAUGGGAUACAAGUUUUCUGUCCCCUUUGGUGGGUUCUUCAGUUGUGCAGUUGGGAACCCCUUGUUAAAAUCUUCUGUAUCCACAGAGGGGGUACCCUCCCUGAAAAAGUGUCCCGAGGGCUUUAGCCAACACCUAGCUGUCAUCAGCGAUGGAUGCCAAGUGUCCUACUGCAUCAAGGCUGGGGUCUUCACGGGUGGGUCCCUGCCCCCCGCCAGGCUCCCACCUUUCACCAGGCCACCCCUCCUAAGUCAGAGCACCAACACUGUCUUAGUGACAAACAGAGAAAUUGCCAGAUCCUGGAUUAAAGACUCCCAGACCCACCGAUGGCGGCUGGGGGAACCUCUGGAGCUGCGCAGAGCCAUGAAAGUCAUCCAUGGGAACAGCAAAGGCCUGUCGGGAGGGGCAACAGCUGGGAUCACAGUGGGAGUCACCACCGUCCUGGCAGCUGUCAUUGCCUUGGCUAUCUAUGGCACCCGGAAAUACAAGAGAAGGGAAUACCAGUUAUUCGAGGAGGAGAGGAGGAAUUUGACUUCAGAGAUUCUACCCUCCGAAGACUUCCCCGCCUCAGAGCUGCAGCAAAGCCCAGCUUAAAUCUUCCUGGGGAAACAGUGCUGUCAUCUCUGACCACAGCUUCAGCGCACGUCUGUCAUGUCUUCCCUCUCCACUUUUGCCUUCCUAAGUAUUGAGGUGUCAAUGGAACAAAAAACAGGUAUAACUUUGUGACUUCUUAAUUAGGUCUCUGAGCCAGGAAAUGCAAUGAGCUACACGAACGAGAUUGGAGGUGGGGAGAGGGAGCAAUCUUGACUCUCACUAAGCAAAAGCUACCCCGGGGAUUAAAAUGGAGAGGAAGUGUCUUUUCCCAUAUUUGUGCAUGUGUCACAAGACAGGAGGGAGAAAAUAGAUGUCUGAAUUUGGAAUCUAUGCAUUUCGUCUGAAGUCUGCAGUGGUUUCCAAUCUGGGAGCUGUCAGAGUUCCUGUAAAGCACCAUCUCUAUUUUGUGUUUUAAAAAGCUGUCUUGAUUUUUUUUUAUGAUCCUAGAGACAGACAGAGCCCUAGAGACACAGGAAACCCCACUUGGCCACUGAUUUCAGCUUUCAGGGCUCUGGGUCAAUGGGCUACUAUCUCCCCCCAGCUCAUCUGAAAGGAAAGAUGUUGCCUAAACCAAUGCCCCUUCUCCCAGCUGCCUUAGGAUUAGGACUUCCUGAGACCAGACCACUCUUGGACUUCUGACUAGUGUCCACAAGUCCUAUGAAUAUAUUUCAACUUAUAGACUUCUACUAGGAGGCCAUGGGUGAAGAGAUUACAGGGACACAUGUAGUAAAAAAAAACUGCAAAAGACUCCGAUGCUCAGGGAAAAUUGGUAUUCUUAUUCCCAACCAGCUAACUGAUGUCCUCCUCGAGAUCGUCCUAGAUGAGGCACUGAGGGGAGAUGUCGAUUUCACAGAUCAAACAUUAUGAUUUUGUGUUCGGUGCUACCAAAAUAUACCCCCUUCCUCUUCUGUGGAUGGCCUGUACCCUUCCUGUCUUCCCAUCACAAGCCUGGGUGCAGGGGCUCAUGUGCACAGACACACCACAUUCCAACAGUAAGCGAGAAUCCACUCCAAGUAUCAUUUCCUCCCUAACCAAAACACUGUAGAAAGCACCAACUGCUUUACCUGGUAGAAAAGGGGCAGAGGUGAUCCAAUCUUUGUCUUUACAUGAACUGAAAAAGGCAUCCAGAGCCACUUGUGACAUUUAGAGCAGCUUCAGACUGAGUUUCCUGGGGCAUCUAGCAGGAUGCAUGACUGCCACCUGGAAGUGUGUGGGGCUUUGCUCAACUUGAACGCCAGUAUUGUCUAAUUGCAGUCACCUCCACAACAUCAAUGCUCCUCCACAUUAAAAAAAAAAAAUUACACAUACAUUUGCCAUAUCAGAUGUUGCCAGUGAGUUAUCUUCUAUGAAGGAUACUUUGUUCUCUCCUUGUUGAUGUUCACAAUGAAGGGUUUGAGCUGACAGCAGGCUUUUUUUCUGAAGAGCAUGUUGUCUCAGACUGUGGGAAAGUGGGAGUAAGAAAACUCAAUUCGUUUCCAACUGAGAUAGAGAACAGAUUUUGAGCCCUCUUACCUGACUGUCCAUUCAAGGACACCAAUCUCUGUAACCUCUUCCCUUUACCCUGCCCCUUAAGCAUUAAAAUGUUUCUAAAUA